GUCCAGUCAGUCAGAUGCCGAGGUCUAAGUGGUGAGGUUUGGAACCAUUGUCCAGUUGUGCACUUGUCACCAUGGUUGACACUCGCAGUGGGAAGAGCACCAUUCCAUAUAGCAAGGCUCAAGAGGAGCAGGCAGCCGCCAUCCUCAGAGAGAGAAGAGAGAAGAAGGAGUUCCUCAGACAGGCAAAGAUGAAAAUGAUAGCCGAGGAGCAGGCGGCGAAGAAGAAGAAACUGGAGGAGGAGAUGAAAAGAUUGCAGCAAAAAGAGGAGGAAUUAAUGAAGGCUGCAGUAGAAGAAGAGGUUGAAGAGAAGGAAGAGCAGCAAGAAGAAAUGCCCCUAAGAAAGAGAAGACUAGGGGAAGGAGAAGGAAGCAAUGGCACGAAAGAAGAUGACCCGUGGGUGGAAAGGAGGAUAUCGGAAUGGGUGGCUAAUUUGUCUCUGGGAGAAGAUGAGGAGGCGAUGCUGUAUAUACCUCAGGACGAGAAGGAAGCCGCGAUUAAGGAGAUCGAGGCGGUGAGUGAUCCCCUAGAACGCCAGGCUAUAGAGAAUGAGAAGAGGUUAGAUUGGAAGUUGCGCCUAGCAAGGAGAAGAAGAGGAGGACGGAGGAAACCAACAGAAUGGCUAGAAAAGUGGAAAGCUUACAGACGUGUAGACAAGAAGUAGAGGCCCAGCCUGACAUUCAGGCUAAGUUGGACAGGAUCCUUGGGAGCAUUGAGCUCCUAGGUAGGGCCUGGACUGAG